GACACAACGUCAGUCAAGUUUUCAAAACAACAUCAGUGUGGUGCUGGGGGGACAAUAAGAAGAAAACGAUGAUGGCUUCAACUGUGGCAGAGAGAGCCAUGGGGGCAAUCAUUGGAGCAGCUGUGGCAGACGCAGCAGCCCAGCCCAUGCAUUGGAUUUACAACCCAGAGCGACUGAAGGAGGUUCUGUCAGAUCUGGAACCGUGUCCAGAGUUCCGCCCUCAGUCUGCUAACCCGUUCUACCGCAGAGAGACCGGAGAGCAGACGUGCUACGGAGACCAGGCCUACGUACUGCUAGAGUCACUCAGUCAAUGUGGAGAUGUGAACGUGGAGGACUUGACCAAACGCAUCUACAAGUUCUUUGGCCCAGACACUGUGUAUGAUCUUCCUCUCAAUAACCCAUACAGACAAAAGAACGGUCCUAAAGCUGUCCUGCCCAUUGAUGGCCCUUGGAGAAACGCAAGCCUCAAAGCCUUCAUGAGGAACGUGGAUGCAGGAAACGAAAAGACAGGAUGUGAUGUGGACUGUCAGAUGGACGGGGUCACCAAGAUGGCUCCCGUUGUGGCGAUGUUUGCUGGGAUGCCGGAGAUGUUGGAGAAGGUGGAGACGGCCAUUCGUGUAACCCAGAACAACGAUAUGUGUGUGGCCAUGACACUGGCUGCAGCAAGGUUCCUGGAGCAUUUCAUCCUGAAUGGUUCUGACCCCAAUGCUCUGGACUCAGUGUUGGCCCAGCUCAACGACCCAAACAGAAACAACCCUCAGGACCUGGACAGGGCUGUUAUUGCACAAAUCUGUCAGGUGAAGGACAACUUAUCCAAGCAUUCAUAGGGGCCUGUUUUGGAGCACAGACAGGUCUUCAGGGAAUCCCAGAGUCUUGGAAGAACAGGACCCUCAAAUAUCCUGUGCUGCUGGGACUGGCUAAGAAAGUUGUAGGCUCACAGCAAGCCUAGACUUGGCAGUUAUGCAAAUGUAUUUACUAAAUAAAUGUAUUGCUAAAGCUGAUUAACAUAACCAGUCCAACAUAUUAUUUGGGAAUAUGAAUUAUGUAUUGAUGACGUUUUUUUUUUGUUUUUUUUUUACAAUUGCUUUGUAAGCCCAUUUUAUAACACAGUUGUACUUUGACAAAACAGUUUAUGAAAGUUACAUUCUAAAGUAACAUUUGACGGAUGUAACUUGAACCUUGUUGCUCUGUCAAAGCUGCAGUAUGUUGCAAAAUGAUGAGUAUAUGGAAUAUGGAAUAUUCUUGUCAUGUAUACAUUAGGAUUAAAAGAGGAUGGAUACUUG